AUGCAGACUUCAGAGACUGGGUCAGAUACGGGUUCGACGGUGACUUUACAGACAUCUGUGGCUGGCCAGGCAGCUGUGCCCACACAAGUAGUACAGCAAGUACCGGUGCAGCAGCAGGUCCAGCAAGUGCAGACUGUGCAACAGGUACAGCAUGUCUACCCAACCCAGGUUCAAUAUGUGGAAGGAAGUGACACUGUCUACACUAAUGGAGCUAUCCGAUCAACAACUUAUCCUUACACAGAAACUCAGAUGUACAGCCAAAACACUGGGGGAAAUUAUUUUGAUACUCAAGGAAGUUCUGCACAGGUGACAACAGUGGUCUCGUCUCAUAGCAUGGUCGGCACUGGAGGGAUUCAGAUGGGUGUCACAGGAGGACAACUCAUUAGCAGCUCAGGAGGGACCUAUCUGAUUGGCAAUUCAAUGGAAAAUUCUGGUCAUUCAGUGACUCACACAACACGGGCCUCGCCAGCAACAAUUGAAAUGGCGAUUGAGACACUGCAAAAGUCUGAUGGUCUGUCCACUCACAGAAGCUCUCUUCUCAACAGCCAUCUUCAAUGGCUUUUAGACAACUAUGAAACUGCAGAAGGAGUGAGCCUUCCAAGAAGUACCCUUUACAACCAUUACUUACGACAUUGUCAGGAACACAAGUUGGAUCCAGUCAAUGCUGCCUCCUUUGGAAAACUUAUACGGUCAAUCUUCAUGGGAUUACGGACCAGAAGACUUGGAACUAGGGGGAACUCCAAAUAUCAUUAUUAUGGGAUCCGUGUCAAGCCAGACUCUCCUCUUAAUCGAUUGCAAGAGGACAUGCAAUAUAUGGCUAUGAGACAACAGCCCAUGCAGCAGAAGCAGAGGUAUAAGCCCAUGCAGAAAGUGGAUGGAGUUGCAGAUGGCUUCACAGGAAGUGGUCAACAGACAGGCACAUCUGUUGAACAAACUGUAAUUGCCCAAAGUCAACAUCAUCAACAGUUUUUAGAUGCAUCUCGAGUACUUCCAGAGUUUGGAGAAGUUGAAAUAUCUUCUCUGCCAGAUGGUACUACCUUUGAGGACAUCAAAUCACUUCAGAGUCUUUAUCGAGAGCACUGUGAGGCAAUACUGGAUGUGGUUGUGAAUCUUCAGUUCAGCCUGAUAGAAAAGUUGUGGCAAACUUUCUGGCGCUAUUCUCCCUCUGCUCCACCUGAUGGCACUACUAUUACCGAACCAAGCAAUCUGAGUGAAAUAGAAAGCCGACUUCCAAAAGCAAAGCUGAUUACUCUGUGCAAGAAUGAGUCUAUUCUGAAAUGGAUGUGUAACUGUGACCAUGUGAUGUACCAGGCUUUGGUGGAGAUUCUCAUUCCUGACGUCCUUAGACCUAUUCCUAGUGCCUUGACCCAAGCCAUUCGCAAUUUUGCAAAAAGCCUUGAAGGUUGGCUUUCAAAUGCCAUGAACAAUAUUCCACAGAGGAUGAUACAAACCAAGGUUGCCGCUGUAAGUGCCUUUGCCCAGACUCUGCGAAGAUACACAUCUCUUAAUCACCUGGCUCAAGCAGCUCGAGCUGUCCUUCAAAAUACUUCUCAAAUCAACCAGAUGCUCAAUGAUCUUAACCGUGUAGAUUUUGCCAAUGUUCAGGAGCAGGCUUCCUGGGUGUGCCAGUGUGAUGACAACAUGGUUCAGAGACUGGAAACAGAUUUCAAGAUGACUCUUCAACAGCAGAGCACUCUGGAGCAGUGGGCUGCCUGGCUUGAUAAUGUAAUGAUGCAAGCACUGAAACCAUAUGAAGGAAGACCCAGCUUUCCUAAAGCAGCACGGCAAUUCCUGUUAAAAUGGUCUUUCUACAGCUCAAUGGUGAUUCGAGAUUUGACCUUGCGCAGUGCUGCUAGCUUUGGCUCUUUUCACCUGAUCCGCUUGCUUUACGAUGAAUACAUGUUUUACUUAGUAGAACAUCGUGUUGCUCAGGCAACAGGAGAGACACCUAUUGCAGUUAUGGGAGAGUUUGGUGACUUAAAUGCUGUGUCACCUGGAAAUAUGGAUAAAGAUGAGGGCAGUGAAGUUGAAAGUGAAAUAGAUGAAGAGCUGGAUGAAAAUGGAGAGCCACCAGCCAAAAGAGAGAAAACGGAGAUAAACCAGGCAUUCCAGGUGGGCUGCAUGCAGCCAGUGCUUGAGAGUGGAGUACAGCAGAACCUCCUGAACCCAAUUCACAAUGAGCAUAUUGUUGCAACUACUCAGACUAUAAGACAAUGCAGCGCUACUGGAAAUACAUAUACUGCAGUCUAA